GCUCAGUUUCCUCUCAGUUUCCUCUCAGUUUGAACUUUGAAGCAGAGAGUGGAUGGAUGGAAUUAACCCGGAAUGAAGUAAGCCACAGUGUGAUUCUCUUCCAGAGCCCGGCAUGAGUUGGCUGGAAAAGGACCUGGCGUGUCGAGUGGGAGCCUUGUAUCAGUCCCAGACCCAUGGCCCCAUCUGGGCCGGCAUAGGGGGCACGCUGAUUCGCGUACCCUCGGGAUCCACCCGCCCCUUACGCGUCUUUCAACAUGAUACUUACAUUCACCGCAUUCUGCCCUCCCCCUCGGAAGGGGCCACGGCUCACACGAUUUGGGUGUACGGCGGCAAGCGCUUAGCGGUGGUGGACACCCUGGAAGGGCGAGUCUUAAUCCAGAUUCAAGCCCCGGAUUGGAUCCAGCAUGUGUGGGCCUCCCCCCAGGACUCGACCAAGCUCUGGGUUCUGACUUCGCACAAUCGCGUGCAUCUGAUGGCGUUCGAUUCGGGGCAGAUUCUGUCCACCUGGGUGUGUCAGGAGCGUUGCCUCCUCUAUGCCGGCCUGUUGGUCCCGUCCAUGUCCUUGUCGACGGGGGCCCCGCCCACCGUGCUGAGUGGCACGGUCUUUCAAACCAUCCUGGUUUGGCAACCUCAGUGGGCCUCACCGGUCUGGCAUCGCUUAACCGGCCACGAGGGCGUGAUUUUUGGCUUGGAAUUCCAUGCCGGGCGCCAGUUGAUUUGUUCCACGUCCGACGAUCGAACAGCCCGCGUUUGGCGGGUCCUCUUUGACACCCCGGACCAGGACUGGCAUCGCUGUCAGAUCCAAGCCUGGUGGGUGUUUUCCGGUCAUACGGCUCGAGUCUUUCGGAGUUUGAUUUUGUCGGACAUGAUUGUCAUUGGGGGUGAAGAUUCGCGGUUGACCUUCUGGCGUCAAGGCCGAUUAGUUCGAUCCGAAAGCCAGGCUCACAAUGGCAGCCCAGUGUGGGCUUUAGCGGCCAGUUUUGAUCAGGCGGAUUCCGUCAUAUCCGGUGGGCAAGAUGGUUCUAUCCGCCGUUGGUCUUUGGAUCCGGAUCCAGUCGCAGUGGAACUCGCCAUGCCAAGUUUCAAUGCCCGUGACUUUUAUCCUCGCAUUGUGCGCCGUUAUCUCGAUUGGAAAAUUUGCGUGGCGGGGAAUAACUCGAUCGUAGCUUUACGUUCAAGCCAUUCCGUUUCACGCGAUGCCCAAUCUAUAACUUUAGUGCAUGAGUUCCCAGAUCAACCCACCCUAGCUGCUUUGGUGGUGUUUCAAAAUGCGAUGUAUGCGGCCACAAAUGGCGGCCAACUCAUUGAGUAUACGCUCAAGGAAGAAGAUCAAGCGAAUCCUGCCUUGAGUUGCCAAUUAGUAACAUCAGUUCAAGUAUUUGACGGGAAAGUGUUCUCUUUGCAAGUCGUUUCGUACGACAAGAAACCGCUGGUGUUAGCCUGUGGACCUCAAGGGCUGGUGAAAGGCUUCCAAAGCGCCAAUUCAUCAGUGAAAUCGUUCCAGUUACCUAGUCCCAAACAAUCUAAAGUCGAACAAGGUCAAUGGGUCAACUGUGCCAGUAUUCACGAGUCCUUGGGGCUCUUGGUGUUGGGUGAUCGACAUGGAAACAUUCUUGGAUACCUUUUAGAUGAAUUGUUGGGUUCUAAUGCCGUGUUUACCAUCAUAAAGGCUCAUCAACAACGAGGGGUGUCCCAUUUAAGUAUGGACCAAAAGUACCAUCGACUCACUUCGAUCGGAAGGGAUGGCUUGAUCAAGACCUACGAUAUAAAUGCCGCUUCUAAAGCUCCAAACGAAACGGCAUGUUCUCGGUUACCCUUGGACUCUUUGGAGAUGCUUGUUGAAACCAAUCUUCAACGCAAUGGAAGGAAUGUUGGUUUAGAAAUCAUACUGGGCUUUCACGGGUCGGAUUUCGUACUUUAUAGCCUUGAGGAACAUCGGGUGCUGACUCGAAUACCUUGUGGUGGAAGUCAUCGCUCUUGGAUCUUCACGCCCAAUGCCAAUCAAUCCGAAUUAGCAUUUAUCAAAGAUCGCAAGCUGUUCGUUGUGACCCUCAAGCUCGACGAUAUUUUGGGCUCUUGUCUGAAACAAGGCUUUCACUCUCGAGAAAUCCAGGUUAUUCGUCACUUUGAUCUUGACCAAGAGCAUUUCCUUGCCACAGCGGGUGAGGAUGUCGAUAUCCGAAUUCAUUCUAUUACCGCUGGAGGGGAGCAUUCUACAGCGAGGGUCUUAAAAUCGCACAUUUCCUCCGUCAAAGCCAUUGAUGUGACCAAAAUCAAUGCCCACAAGAGGCUUAUGGUUUCUGUCGGUGGGCGUGCCCAAAUCAAAGUAUGGUUAAUUAGUUCAGGGCUAGCGAUCACUGAGAAGGCCUCCUAUAUGCUAAAAGGAAAUGACAAGCGGAGGAAAAAGACUUGGCGUGACGCGAGGGUGAUCCACGAUACAGAGACCAGAUUCAUAGAUGUGGCCAUAGAUCCAAGAAAUCACACCAACAUAUUCGUCGGCGGGUCCGAUUGUGUGUUACGAAAAUUUGAGCUAAGCGACGAUUUCUCUCGAAUUGAUCUCGUGAUCGAGAGUGAACCACUCCAUCACUCCAUUCUCAGUGUGCAAGUCGAUCCUGAGUUGGGAUUGGUAGUUACCACGAGUAAUGAUGGAUUUGUGCGUACUUUUACAACCGAGGAACUCAUAUUGGUUCGUGAGCGAAUGCUUACCAAAAGUGGCUUGAAUGUGAUAUCGAAGCCAUACCAAGAUCAAAAUUGCUUUGCAGGAAGCGAUGGAGGGGAAAUAAUUUGGAUUGAUUAUCCUGACUUGAACAAGCAUUGCGUGUUUCCGCAAUGUCAAGCAGCACAAAUUAAUGGGAUUCAUUUGUUACGAGAGACAAACGAACUGAUCACUUCCUCAGUGGACCAAAGGAUAUCGCUUUGGUCAAUAAUGUCCGGAUCUGAUUCUGACGGUCCGACCUUGCAAUUAAAGUCUCAAGUGUGUACAGAUAUAGCUGAUGCCCAAUGUUUAGAAAUUUGGCCCAAGGGUCGAGAUGGCUCGAGCUUUGCAACCAUUGGUGGGGAAGGUAUGGCUAUUUUUGAAUUAAAAUAAAAUGAUUUGAAUGUAUUCUUUUAA